AUGCACUGCCAAUCUCUAUAUUCCUUCUCUGUUUCUCCGUUUAACGCUUCGGAGAGCCGUUUUUAUGGUGCUUCGUCGGCUGUGCAGCUGUUUCGGAGGAAUGUGGCUGGCUAUGGCGGUUUCAUGAUUAAAGCUUCGAGGGAGGCCAAUAAUAGAGCCAUCUCGGACAUCGUCUUCGAGCCUUUCGAAGAAGUGAAGAAGGAGCUCCUUCACGUCCCCAAUGUCCCUCAGGCAUCGCUCGCUCGUCAGAAGUAUACCGAUCACUGCGAGUUCGCCAUCAAUGAACAGAUCAAAGCCAUCUCGGACAUCGUCUUCGAGCCUUUCGAAGAAGUGAAGAAGGAGCUCCUUCACGUCCCCACUGUCCCUCAGGCAUCGCUCGCUCGUCAAAAGUAUACCGAUCACUGCGAGUUCGCCAUCAAUGAACAGAUCAAUGUGGAGUACAAUGUCUCCUAUGUUUACCAGGCCAUGUACGCCUACUUUGACCGUGACAAUGUUGCUCUCAAAGGCCUAGCUAAGUAA